AUGAUCCGUCUUAAGAAUUGAGAGACAUUCGUAUAUUAAUUUCAAAUAAAAGAGAGUGAAAAUUUGAAUGGAAAAUCCGUUAAACAAAAGCCACAUUUAUACAUUGCAGAAUAGGUAAAGAAGUAAAACAAAUAAUUUCAUAAAAUUUAGGUUUAUGAAAAUGUAAUGAGAGUAAAUUUAAUGUUGUGUAAUUAACCAUGA